CCGCCGCCGGCCUCCCUAUAAAGCGGCCGCCUCCAGCCGCCCGGCUGCUGAUCCGGCUCCGCGGGGGAAGGAACGAGAUGGUCAGCCCGAGCGCCGCAGCAAAAUGCUGGAUGGACACCGCCUGCUCCGCUGGCUCUUCUUCUCCUCCGCCUCCUGCGCGCUCCUAGUGCUGCUGCUCGCCGGCGCCCCGGGACCGUCCCUUGCCUACUUCGGGUUGACUGGGAAUGAACCCCUGACCAUCCUCCCUCUGACUUCAGAAAUGGAGGAAGCUGCCGUCAAGGCCCAUUACAAAGUCUGUGACCGCCUGAAACUGGAGAAGAAGCAGCGGAGGAUGUGCCGGCGAGAUCCCGGUGUGGCCGAGACCCUGAUGGAGGCCAUCAGCAUGAGCGCCCUUGAGUGCCAGUACCAGUUCCGCUUUGAGCGGUGGAACUGCACCCUUGAGGGGCGCUAUCGGGCCAGCCUUCUGAAGAGAGGUUUCAAGGAGACAGCCUUCCUUUACGCCAUAUCUUCGGCAGGACUUACACAUGCCAUGGCCAAGGCCUGCAGCGCCGGGCGGAUGGAGCGAUGCACCUGCGACGAGGCCCCCGACCUAGAGAACCGGGAGGCCUGGCAGUGGGGUGGCUGCGGCGACAACCUCAAGUACAGCAACAAGUUUGUCAAGGAAUUCCUGGGGAAGAAGUCCAACAAGGACCUGCGAGCCAGGGUGGACUUCCACAACAACCUGGUUGGCAUGAAGGUCAUCAAAGCUGGCGUUGAGACCACCUGCAAGUGCCACGGCGUCUCUGGAUCCUGCACCGUCCGGACGUGCUGGCGGCAGCUCUCCCCCUUCCACGAGAUUGGCAAGCAGCUGAAGCAGAGGUACGAGAUGGCCCUCAAAGUGGGCAGCACGACCAACGAGGCCACGGGCGAGGGGGACAUCUCCCCGCCCAAGAAGUCCAUCCAGGGCCACGGCGACCAAAUCCCACGGACUACGGACCUCGUCUACAUUGAUGACUCGCCCAGCUUCUGCCUGGUGAGCCGCUAUUCGCCCGGCACCUCGGGCAGGAAGUGUUACAAGGACAAGAACUGUGAGAGCAUCUGCUGCGGCCGGGGGCACAACACCCAGAGCCGCGUGGUGACCAGGCCCUGCCAGUGCCAGGUCCGCUGGUGCUGCUACGUGGAGUGCAAGCAGUGUACGCAGAGGGAGGAGGUCUACACGUGCAAGGACUGAUGUGGCGCACGAGAGGGGUCUUGCACACCAGCGGAUUGCCUUUGCUGAUGACGGGAGAGGGCCCACCCAGGGAGGUGAAACAGGGUUUGAAAGGGUGUUUUUCACGGUUGACUUGAGAAGCGAUGCCGAGAUGGUGUAAGCACUUUGUAGGGUACAGGUGACCCCCCCAACUCUUGCCUUCUUGUUUCCUCGACCUUCUGCCCCCUUCUCUGCAAACCCAGCUGAUGCUUCGGGAGGUCCAAGUGCCUAUUGCAUGGAGUCCAUAUCAAUUGUGUGCUGUUGCGAAAAAUGCAGCAAAAUAAUUUGUGGUGACUGAGAUGGGAUUCCUAGAGGUUUUCCCUUGUCACUGCCCUUCACAAAACCUUGGCUAAAUCAGGCAUUCUCUUUUGGGUAGAGAACCUUCUGGCCUGUAAUCUGGAUUGUCCUAUUUGUUCCAUGACUGCCUUGAGAUCCAUGGUGAGGAACGGGAAAAAGCACCACCCCGUUUUAUGAAGAAUUCGAUACCAAAAGUGUAUCAAGGGGAAGGGGUGGUGAUGUCGGACUUUAGCACCUCUUUAAAGGAGGAGAGUCAAAGUUUAAAAAGUUACAUACUGGGAUCUCCUAAAAUAGGAUGUUUCAAUGUGGCCUGCUUGAUGGAAGGCGGUUGUGGUUCCUCAACGUGGAGGGUUUGGUUUGACCACCUCAACUUUGAAGCAGACAUUUUGAGAUUUCCUUCCAGAUGUCAAGACGUCCCAUUGCAUUGCCCCACUUCAAUCCCCCUCUCACUUCUUGUCACCUUCACGAUCUACUUUUGUAAAUGAUGAAAACCACUAGAGGCCUUCUUAAACCUUCCCAGGGACACACCAGCACUCUAUAACUCCUUAUUGUUCUUGUAUUUUGUACCUCUUAUUGCUCCAAAACUCACCCUGUGGAUGGUGCCUUAAAUUCCAGUAUGUAUUGAAAUCCUAACUUCUGUUUUGGCAAGUUGCCUUCCUGGUUUUGUGGAGAAACCUCGUUGCCUUAUAGGCUGCAAUGCUGCUUUGACUUUUCCUCGUAAGCCGUUCUUGACCGGAUCGCACAACCCAACUUCCUCUACAUCUCUUCGGAUCUCAUUCCAGUUACACUCAACAGCGAUAGUGGUUUAUACCGGCACAGAUCUCUGUAAAGGUCUUUGUAACAUUUCCCUCCUUGAGCCGCUAGAUUGAGGCAUCAUGUGUGCUAGAAAUCAAGUACAACAGCAGUGCAAAUACUGGGUUCUGAGUGACUGACUGGCGACCAUCAAGAGGGGAAGGGAAGCCAGAGAAGAACCAACAGCAGUGACCAAAACCAAAGGGUGGUCUGGGCUACUUGCAAUUCUUCCAUUGCUUUUUUUAGAAUUGGAACGUUACAGAUCUGAUGACUUGGCUGCGACGAUUUUCCUCCUUCAACAAUACUACUUGGAUCAGAAGCGGCUAGCUAACUUCUUGGCAAAGUGCCCACUGUAGGCAGUGAUCAGCAUUUCUGAUUCUCCAGUAGUAGCAUUUUUUUAAACUUUUUUUU